GACAUGUUAGCUCGGACUAGGGUGGACAACAGUAGGCUAAAGGUUUGAACCAUGAACUGCUGAUUUAUUUUGGAAGUCAGUGACUCGGCAACGAGUUGUAAAGGCUACAUCAGAACUAAAUGAUCUGCUGUGUCAACGGCUAGCUAUGUCAUAGGUCUACAUUAGGUUUAUCAUUAGACCUAGACUAACGUUAGGCCUACAUGGCGAAGGCUAAUUCCGAGACUUAGGUCAUAGAGGAAAUUAACUGCAACGAACCUUUCUAUCAGAGACGAAAUGGACCGAAUCGUGCAAAGAGCUAUUUGCCAUUAUCUUGGUCCCAUUAUGAAAGGACGGAUACUUCACUUUGCUAAGUCUUCCAGGAACUUUGGAUCUGCUCGCAAAGAGGUUACAGAAGCUGUAUCUCCCUCAAAGAAGACCAGGAUUGAAUUAGUCACAGACAUCUCUAAACCAGUCCUGAAGUUUGCGAAAUUAACAGAAAAUGCCACUGUUCCAACACGAGGAUCAGCAAAAGCAGCGGGUUAUGAUUUGUACAGUGCUUACGACUACACUGUUGGGCCGAUGGAUAAAGCAAUCGUGAAGACCGACAUUCAAAUUGCAAUUCCUCACGGAUGUUACGGGAGAGUGGCCCCUCGUUCUGGACUGGCAGCUAAACAUUUUAUAGACGUGGGAGCUGGUGUUGUGGAUGAAGACUACAGGGGAAACGUCGGAGUAGUGCUCUUCAACUUCAACAAGGAGUCGUUUGAAGUCAAAAAGGGUGACCGGAUAGCUCAGUUGAUUUGUGAGAGGAUCUGCUAUCCAGACCUACUUGAACUUGAGACACUGGAUGAGACUCAGCGCGGUGAAGGUGGAUUUGGAUCGACAGGAAAGAAUUAAUUGACUGUACUGAAAUGAAAUGUAAUGUAUUUUUUCUGUGUGCUGCAAUAAUAAAAAUUCAUGUUUUCUAA